GGAAAUACUCUCAGAGAGUCGGAUUGCUGCAUUUGUGUAGUGCUGCCAUUUUACCGAGCUUACGACACGUGGAAACAUGAGCAACUCUGUCGUUCAGCUGAUGUCAAAGGUGUAUCAUGAGAAUUUGCUGGGGGAGAUGCAACAGCUGAGGCUCAUGGGAAGUCUCUGUGAUGUCACUGUCCAGGUGGACUUCCAAGGGGAGCUAGAAGAGUUUGAGGCUCACCAGGUGAUGCUCGCUGCUUCUAGUGGGUACUUUAAAGGGCUUCUGCUGGGCAAAGAUCCACCCACAAAAAUAUUCCUGGAGACUGUGCCAACAGCCGAUUUUGCAAAGUUCUUAGAGUUUGUGUAUACUGCUAAGCUGGAAGUAGAAAAAAUUAGGACUGGUGAUAUUCUACAAAUGGCAAAGCUGUUAGAGUGCCGGGAUCUUAUAGAAGCGUGUAAAAGGGUAAGCGAGCCUACAGAUGCCGAUGCAGAUGGUUCUGGCGCAUCACAGAGGGACCAUGUGGUACAGGGUAGCGAAUCGUCUGAAAACUUGCAGCAUAACAUCACACCAGAGCUGGAGUUUCUAACAGACGGCUUUGGACAGGAAACAUCUGAUGGGGUAGCGGCUUUGACUGAGAAAUCCAGCCCCUCAAAAAGGGCAGAAAAGAAGAAAGAGGCAAAAAUCGCGGCGCCAAGCAGGAGGCUAAGCAACAGGUUAGCAGGCCGCAAAGUGUUUGUGGAGAUUCCCAAGAAGAAAUAUGUGAGGAAGCUGAAGGACCAGCGGAAAGCGCCCAAGAGUUUGGGCGGGCAGGAGUCUGCUGAGAAGAUCCAGGAAGAGAAAGGAUCGCAAGAGCCUCUGGUCUGGACAGAGGAGGUUUUGGAAAGCACAGGAGGAGCAGGGGCUGAGGCGCUGGAGGAGACGUCGGAAAUCCCCGAUCUGGAAGACCAAGAAAUGCCGUUGGAAGACGACCCUGCCACCUCAGACCUCCAGGCCCAGAAGGAGGAGGAAGAGGAGGAAGAGGAGGACAAGGAUGCAGACGAGAGGGGAACCAAGAGGAAGAGGAACGGGCAGUUCAAGUGCGAAAAGUGCCUGCGCUCCUUCCACUACGAGAAGAGCUACCUGAAGCACAUCAGUGUCAGCCACGGCGUCCAGCCCGAGGUGACCUACCGCUGCAGCACCUGUGGCCAGACCUUCGCCAACCGCUGCAACCUGAAGAUCCACGAGCGGCAUGUGCACAGCGACGAGCGCCUCUUCCCCUGCGACGUCUGCGGCAAGGCCUUCAAGCGCAAGAAGGACGUCAAGCGCCACUGCCGGCAGGUGCACGAGGGCGGUGGCGAGAGGCACUUCUGCCCCGUCUGUGGGAAGUCCCUGAGCUCCAAAACGGCCCUGGUGCUUCACCAGAGGACCCACACGGGCGACAGGCCCUACGAGUGCCCCGACUGCAACGCCAAGUUCUCCCAGAGCUCCGCGCUCAAGACACACCGCAGGACUCACACUGGUGAGAAACCUUUCUCCUGUGACCAGUGUGAUGCUCGGUUCACACAGAACCACAUGCUGUCUUACCACAAACGAUGCCACACAGGAGAGAAGCCCUAUAUGUGUGAGAACUGCGGGAAAAGCUUUGCAUCCAAGGAGUACUUGAAACAUCAUGCCAGAAUCCACUCUGGAUCCAAGCCAUACAAGUGCGAAAUCUGUGAGAGGGCAUUUGCCCAGAGAAACUCGCUCCAUCAGCACAUGAAAAUACACACAGGUGAGAGGCCAUACAGCUGUGAGGAUUGUGGGAAGCAGUUCACCCAGCUGAACGCCCUUCAGCGGCACCACCGCAUCCACACCGGGGAGAGGCCGUACAUGUGCAUGCUCUGCAGCCGCACCUUCACCGACAAGUCCACCGUCAGGAGGCACACCAUGACACACGACAAAGACACUCCGUGGAAGAACUACCUGGUGGUUCUCGAAGGGAACGUGGAGAGCAGCCACAAGAGGAUGAAACGCGCGGGCGCCAGCGAGAAGGAGGAGCAGGAAAGGGCCGCGGGGGCAGAGGGCGCUGAGGACACCGCGGGGGAGCAGAAGGGAGACAAGGGAGUAAAGCUGGUGGAGGAGGAGGCGGCGACGGUGCAGGUGGAGCCUGUCACCAUCUCAGGAGACUGGAGCGCCCCUGGUCCAGGCGCUAUAGCCCUGCUGAGCCACACUGCCCUGGGGGGCUUCACGGUCAUCCAGACCGACCUGCCGGGAACCCAGCUCCAGCCCAUUGUAAAUACAGACUCUACCGGCACCACCAGCACACAGGUGAUCUCCCUGGAGACCCCUGCCAUGGCCGUUCCCGUUCAGGUCCCGGUGUCAGUCCCAGUCUCAGUUUCGGUUUCCGCUCCCCUCUCUGUUCCGGUUUCCCUCCACGUUCCCGUUUCGGCUCCCUUUUCCGUCCCCGUCUCGAUCUCCCUGCCCGUUCCCGUUUCGGCCUCCCUCUCGGCUUCCGACGUGGCUCCGCUUCCAGGUUCCGAUUCCACGCCGCUUCCCGUUCCCGUUCCAGCCUCCGUCUCCGUCUCCGUGUCCGACCCGGCCGCUCCUCUCGCUGUUCCCGGUGCCCUGCCCAUCUCUGUGUGCAGCCCUGUCUCUGCUGAGGUCUGCGUUUCGGUGCAGUCCUCGGAGCUCGAUGCGGUCACAGAUCACACCCCCUGCAUCACCUCAGACCCCACUCCCACGGUGGGCGGCCAUCUUGCCGUAAGCGAGGACGUCACUGUGGAGGCUAUAGCUGUGGAGACCAUGGAGGUCUCCUCUGAAAAUGCGCCUGACGCAGCAGUGUAGAUUGUCUAACACGUAUGUAUACAUUGGUUUGAUUCUGUUUAAUUCAUAUGUGAAAGCAGCUUUAGCUGGUUACCUCACCUUCUCUUACGCAAUGUAAAAAAAAAAGUAGCUUCUCAGUCUUCUACUCUUGUUUUAAUACAGAGCAAUUUAAUGGAUAAAAUUAUGAGCUUUAAUUUUUCAAGAUGCCAGAGAUGUUAUUUUUUUGAGCUGUGACUGCAAAAGGACCACAAAUCAUUGACAUAUGGUCAUACAUUGGAAGUAUUUAUUACAGAGGACACUAAAACCACUCUGUGCAUACCUCAGUCACUCUGUCAAAAGGUUGCAGAAAGGCAGUGAGGUUUUUAGCUUCUUAACUUAAACUUUAAUCUGUAACUUGCAGCGCUGUUUCUGUGCUGCUUCACAUAAUACACAUUUAAGAUGUCCGCAUUUUAAACUUGUAUCAAUGGCAUUAUCAGGACCAUGUUAUUUUGUGCUCGUCUCUUAUCUAAUUCUGCUGCAGUUGUAGUUCUUGCCAGGUGUUGAAGGUGCUGAGAGGAUUCCUCUCCAUUGUGGAACAGGAAGUCAUUCCCAUACUUUCAUUCACCCCUUAUGCAUGC